AAACUACUUACAAUAGCUAAAAGCCAGAAAAACUAUGGCGCUAUUUGAAAACAAAUUAAGCGCACCUCAUUAAGAGCUACUUCUGAUUGACUGCUACUUUGUCCAAUAGAAACGUUAACCUCGCCCAAUGAGCAACAGUCAGCCAAUGAAAUUUGAUUAAAGGCGGACAUAUGGGCGGGACUAAAAAGGUAGGUUGUACUCCUCCUGAGCAUAAUUGACGUCAGGUUAUUUGUUUUUCUCCGCAUAAACAGCGUCAUGAGUAUUUUUGUCUAUGUAAAUAUUGAUAAUUUUCUUUGAUUUGUGUAGGAGUGGAGAGUGUCAUUCGACAAAGAAAAGAAGCCAAAGCUUAUCUCUUUCUUUGAGCAGAGAGGUGGGAAGAAAGGAGGGGGAGGCCUGGCUGAGCGUUUGAGUCUUGCCUCCGUGGCUGCUGGCCACUCCCUUGCUUGUGGCUGCUGCUGGAUCUGUGGAGGUGGCGGGAGGAGUCACGCAGGGUGGAGGAGAGAUGAGGAACCCCCAUAUCGUUCCCACACUGGAUGAGAUGCAAAGUCACUUCCUACAGAUGAUCUAUCAUCAGCCCUGCCGAGCCCAAACACAACGGGGGGUUCUUUCGGUGGAAAUCAGCAGAAACCCGUAAUCAGGCGCUCCAUCACCGAUAAACCCCAGCAUGCUGUGCGCACUUUCUCCACUGACUGAAGCUGAAGUUUCCUCACACAGACUGACAGGAAACGAGAGAAAAGAGCGCCGAGAGCUGACACAGAACUGAAACCUGCAGCCUCCAUGAAGCCUCAGAGACUCAUCACGCUCCCUGGUUGUUUGUGAGCCGAGACGAUGGAGAGCUCGUCGUCCACAGUGAAGCGACGAGCCUGGAUCGAGAGCAGCCGACAGUGCCUCACUUUGGAGGAACCUGAUGGGUUCAGAAACUCGUCGGCCUGGAUAGCGGACGACGAUGUGUUUUCUGAUGGAGGCUUCACUGGAAAAAUUGAGUCCUGGCUUAUGGGUUGUGGAUCAGAAGUCAGUGGGGAGAACGGCCGUCAGCUCAGUUUUGAAAACGUGCUUCAGGCCAACAACUUAGGUGAUGACUUGAGUCUGGGAGCUGAUGCCUCUUUUAUAAAUGGCAUAGAAAUAACACCUGCAGCUUGCGUGGCACAACAACCUUCUUUCAACAAACGUCUCGGCACGUUCAGCUGCAGUACCCCUCAUCAGAGACUAUGUCCACCAUCGCUGAACCUGGGUCACAGCAUGGCCUCCAGCUUUUUGUCGUCUUCCACCUGGAAAACUGUGUCCAGUGUGUCGGAGGUUUUGCAGAUGUGUUCAGAGGAUGCAGAGGAGACACUCUAUGAGUUGGGUUUUGGUUGUGAAGAACCUCAGGUCAAUGUGCGCAUCCCUCCACGAUUCUUCAGCUUUCCCUCUCAGGCUCGCGGCAUCAACUUCCGCCUCUUCCUGGACUCACAGAUACGGCGGAUACGAGAGGAAGACCCCAACCUUUCUCUUGCUAGUCGUUUCAGACAAGUGCAGGUGCUCACAGCCAUGGCCAAUGCUUUCUACUCCCUCUACUCCCACGUGUCGCGYACUCCCCUCCAGAAGCUGGAAACCUCCGAGUUCACCUUCUCCUCUCCUGUGGAGAAGCUMGAGCGGUUCAGGACCAGUGUGCGCAGUGAGCCGCGCUCCCCGGUGGAGAGGCUGAAGGACACCGUCAACAAGAUGUGCCUAUACACCGGGUCGCCCCGCGGCUCAGACUCCACCUCUCCACACCCCUCGCCCAGGAAGGGAUCCAGCCUCACCGAUUUUGUGGACAUAGUCAUUAAAACCAAGACUGACACUGCUAAAAUGCUGGAUAUGGGAGAACAUGCUGAUUCARCAUUGGAUUUUAGGUCAAUCGCAGAUUGUGGGAUAAUGAAUAAAGCGAUAACAGACCUAGACGUUCAUCAGAGGGAAAGUAACAAUCAUGUUGGGAUGUUGAUCAGUAAGCAAACAGAUAAUGUGGAGAUUGGUGAAAUCUGUGUCCAACAAACGGAUUUUGACGAUACUCCUCCUCACAGUAUGAGAACAUCUCUAGAUUCCUCAUUAUCCGGAGAAACGGUGAUAACAACAGAUCUGCUUCSCUCGUGUCAGCUGAAGAAGGACUCWUGUUUGACUGAAAGCGACACACGUACAGCUAAGAGAAAUCCUGCCGCCAGAGUUACAUACGAUCUAAUCUGUCCACAAAUAACUGAGAGUGCGCACCAGGCGUCUUUCCUCUGUCAGAACACACACCGCACCGACAGCUUGCUUCAUGUCUCCUCUGUGGCAGAGAGCACAGAUAGAUCACACAAAGCCCGUACACAAACCCCRACCUGUGAGGACCCUUAUAAAUGUACCGCUGCCCCCUCUGGAAAGGCCUCACAGGUUGAUGCUCUCAAGUCACUUCCUGUCGAGGGACCUAGCGGCAGCUUCGCUCAUUACUGCAUCACUGUGACCGGYUGGGAAGGGGAGGACGUGUCAGCGAACCCAGCAGAGUCCCGUUACACCUCACCUGUUCCGUCCACGCCCACACCUGAGGAGUCCUUUAGUGAGGAGGAGAGACGGUACCUGAAUCCGCCGACACACCUGGGCUCGGCCAAGAUUUCAAGUAACCCUAAGCAGGUCAACUCGUUCGAGCUGGAGGAGGUUCACAGUGCAGGGGAGGAAGAUUUUGCACAGUCAGAAGCUACAAGAACAGCCACCUCACAUUCAUACAAAGGGGAAGUGGUCCGAGGCGACAGCGUGCAGUCCGACAGCAGCGGCUACGCCGACGAAGAAGUCAGCCCCUCACCAGAAACACACAGCAGAUGACGGGGAAACAAAAAMCUUCUGCUCUAAAGAUUUGUUUGACAAGUGCUUUCAAACACGGACUUUGAUGCAAGAUAAAAUGUGAAGUUUUGAGAAGCUGAAAACAAAAGUUUCUUGGAGAGGUGCACGCAGAAUGCUCAUAAUGAGCACAGAAUAUGUAAAGAAUUUAAUAGAUAAUGCUAGGAAAUGUUUAUUUUAAUGGAAUGAUUGUUUGUUUAUUCAACGGUAAAAUGUACAAUGUUCUUAAACAGAGCAACAGUUUCUCAGGGAGUUAGUGUCAUUUUACAUUUCUUUUUUUAGUAUAUGAAAGUGCCAGCACAAAGAUUUGUCAUGAAUUUCAUGUUUCCGUACACGAUGAAAGCACGGAGUAAAAAAAAGUUACCAACUUCCUUGUUGAAAUAUUACAGCUUGUAAUAUUUUCUAAUUAUAAUUCUCUGCAGGAUACAAUAUAAAAUGUAGAUAACCUAAAAAAAAA